AUGACCAUCGACGAGUACGGUCCCACCGCGGGCCGCCUCAUGUACAUCCCAGCCGGCCUGCUCAUGCUUUUCUUCGGCGGCUUCCUGGUCAAAGCCGCGUUGUGCCUCAUCUCUUGUGCCUUGGUGGGUCAUCUGGUCUUCAUCGCCGCCGUGCAAGCCGGCCUGCAGUACAUCCCCGUCAUUCUGCUCGUCGCCCUGUCCGCGCUCGCCACCUUCGCCGCCGUGCUCGAGGCCUGCGACCAGGGGCCCGACUUUGCCACGGGCGCCGUCCUGGGCACCUGCAUCGCGCUCACCUUCUAUCCCGCGCCCAUCCUCUCUAUUGUCCUGGCCGUCAUCAUCCUGUCCGCCGCUUUUGGCCUUGCGUUUGCUCUUGUUCCGAAAGAGGUUGGCAUCUUUUUGUCCAGCUAUGGCGGUGGGUUUAUGAUCUUUUACGGCAUGGAGCUUAUUGAUAGCGACGUGUUCGAGGGAAGCCGCCCUGUCCCAGCUUUCGUUCGCGUUGAUAGCAUCGAUAUGUGGUUUUCCGUCCUCAGUUUCCUUGUCGUUGGCUUGCUUGGCUGUUGCGUUCAGCUCAUCCUUUUCAGUGGCCAGGCUAAUUCUGGGUUUUCGCGGUAUCACUACGUUGAUAUCCCUUGACGAGACAGCGAUUGGGGACAUGCCAGAGCAACGUUCUCUGUGGACAGCGCGCGUGACUAGAGUCGUUUACCCGCUGCCACUUGCGAUCGCUUUCCCGUUGCAUGUUUCAGUUGCCCUUGCAUUGACCGCAUCAUUAGUGCAUUUUUCCGUGUCGUUGUACCCCUGGAAUGCUACCUUACUGAGAGAAAUGGCAGAGGAGGGGGAGCAUUUGCAUUGUAGAUUAUUUACAAGUGUGCCAGAUGGACGGACAGUGGAUGUGUAAGGCAAAACAAAUAGGGUAAACCAGAGACAUACACGAAAAA